AUGAGUAGACAGAAAAUAGAAGAUGGUGAACUUUCAAGUUCUUUGAUAGUUAAAGAGAAGCCUCCGGAUGGAGCUGGACAUGGUAGUUCUGGUGAAGAACAAGGUGGAAUUGGAACUACUUCUUCUGCAACAACUAUGGUUGUUCUUAGCACCUUUGUUGCUGUUUGUGGAUCUUAUGUUUUUGGAAAUGCUAUUGGAUAUUCAUCACCUGCUCAGACUGGAAUCAUAGCUGAUCUGGGUCUCUCUGUGGCUGAGUAUUCUCUUUUCGGUUCAAUAUUGACUAUUGGAGCAAUGAUAGGUGCAGUAAUGAGUGGGAGAAUAGCAGAUUACAUUGGUCGAAAAUGCACGAUGGGUUUCGCAGAGAUAUUCUGCAUUGUAGGAUGGCUUGCUAUAAUAUUCUCCAAGGCUGCCUUUUGGCUUGACUUUGGACGGCUUCUGGUGGGAUAUGGGAUGGGACUCCUUUCCUAUGUGGUUCCUGUAUAUAUUGCUGAAGUUACACCAAAGGAUAUUCGAGGGGGAUUUACAUCAGUCCAUCAGCUGUUGAUCUGUUGUGGUGUGUCGUUAACUUACCUCGUAGGCGCUUUUGCCACCUGGCAGACUUUGGCUCUAAUCGGAACUAUACCAUGUCUUAUGCAGCUUUUGGGUCUAUUCUUCAUCCCUGAGUCGCCUAGAUGGCAGGCAAAGAUAGGUAACUGGAAAGAGUGUGAAGCUUCCCUGCAGCGCCUUAGGGGAAACAAUGCUGAUAUUUCUGAUGAAGCAAAUGAGAUUAAAGAUUAUACAGAACAACUUCAACGGCAUUCAGAAUCUAGCGUGUUUGAUUUGUUCCAAAAGGAAUACGCAUGGUCCCUCACCGUUGGAGUUGGCCUAAUGGUUCUGCAACAAUUCGGGGGAGUCAAUGGCAUUGCAUUUUAUGCUAGUUCAAUUUUUAUAUCAGCUGGGAUUUCCAGUAGCGUUGGAAUGAUAGCAAUGGUUGUCGUUCAGGUUCCUAUGACAGCUUUGGGAGUAGUCUUGCUCGAUAAAUCCGGACGAAGACCGCUUUUAUUGGUAUCAGCAGCUGGAACAUGCUUGGGUUGCUUCCUAGUUGGAUUGUCAUUUUUCUUGCAGGACCUUCAACAAUGGAAGGAAGCCACUCCUAUCUUAUCACUUGUUGGUGUACUGGUGUACACGGGAUCGUUUUCGUUAGGCAUGGGAGGAAUACCUUGGGUUAUAAUGUCCGAGAUAUUUCCCAUAAACAUGAAAGGUUCAGCUGGAAGCCUUGUGACAUUGGUUAGCUGGUUAGGCUCUUGGAUUAUUUCCUUCGCAUUUAACUUCCUCAUGAAAUGGAGCUCAACAGGAACAUUCUUCAUUUUCGCCACCGUAUGUGGCUCGACUGUUCUGUUCGUGGCGAAGCUGGUGCCGGAGACCAGGGGACGGACACUCGAAGAAAUACAAGCGUCGAUGAAUCCGUUUUCGUAGGAUAAGUGGAUGGUGCAUGAACAAUCAAUAAACUGAUACUAAGAAAUUCAAAGUCCUAACUUAAAUGUCAUAUUU